AUGGAAGACUUACUGAAUUUCGAUCUUUCAAGUAAUCAAACCCAUGAAAGUAAUAAAAAGAAACCAUUAGAGAUAAAUGGGAAAUCAAAUAGUCCAGUUUCUGCGCCCUAUCCUCAAAAUCAUGGUAGUACUAAGGAUUCUCUGAAUAAGAAUGGAAAUCGUGAUCCGUUCGCUAAUCUUUUCCAAAAAAGAAAUGAUAACAAGAAUACUUCUAUAAAUGAGUUGGAAAGAAAAACAUCACAGACUCUGGGAUCUCCUUCCGUUAACGCCCCGAUCAGCCAUGAUCCUUACAUGAAUCUCGACGUUUUCCAUCAUCUGCCCAAGGCCGAAACGAAAGCGUUUGAUAGUGAGAACAAAAGUGAACAAGAAACUUCAUAUAGUAAGGAUUCCUUACCAAAUACUCUGCAAAGUCUUCAAUUACACGAAGAGAAUAAGCCAACUAAGCUACAUACUUCAUCACCAGAAUUACGAAACAUUCCUGCAGAGCCAGUGGUAGCAGAUGAAUUAAAUGAACAAAGCCUUGCUGAUGCCUUUUCUUCAAACACGUCUUCACAGCAUUCAGAAAAUGACUCUUAUGCUCAACUUCGUGCAAUGGGAUUUUCUGAUGAUCUCAGCACGUUCGCUUUACAACAUACUGGAUCCUUGCAAGAAGCUAUCGAAUUAAUUUUUGAGCAAGGAUCCGAAUCUUCUAACACUCAAACCACGAAGACACUAUUUAAUAACGAGCCUCGCUACCCUGAUAAGUUAUCUGAAUUACAACAAGUAUCUAGCCAAAUCAAGGAUCAACUUUUUUCAAAAGCAACAGAUUUAUGGAAUAUUGGACGCCAGAAAAUAAGAACGGCAGUGGAAGAAAGGAGGGCUGUAAAGAGUCCAAAUCAACCUCGGUGGAUGACGAGUGGAAAUGUUUUUGAUGAUCCCGAUAAUCAGUAUCCUGGACUUCCAGUUGAAAACAGAGUCAAUGAAGCUUUGUCGAAAACAGAACCGAAUUCAGACAUCCCGCUUUCGAGAAAUGAUUUUGUGAAAGAAUUAUCUACCGAGUCUGUAUCCGAAAUGAAGCAUGAAAGCACUGAUGAAUUUAAUGAUAACUUAGUUUCCUCUUUGGUAGAAGUACCAGAUGAAUCAAUAAGCCACCAGAAGGCAGCAUCGUCUUUUAAUAUGCAAAAGAUGCAAGAUGAAUCAUUGCCUCCUCCUCUUAGAAGGUUGGGUCAUCCAAAUGAGCAACCCCCUUUGGAAAGCCAAAGCCAACGAAAUGAAGCUGAUAUUGAUUCUAUGUCGAUAUCUAUGACAGAGCAAGAGCAAGCAGAAGGAAAUAAUUACUAUUAUAAAGGAGAUUUUAGUCAGGCUAUUGAAAAUUUCAGUAAAGCUUUGUCCCAAAUUCCUGAAAGUCAUACUCGCUGCAUACCUCUUUUAUGCAAUAGAAGUUUAUGUUAUAUGAAGAUUGGUGACAUACGGACUAGUCUUCAGGAUUCAGAAAAAGCGCUGGAAAUAAUAGGGAAAAGAAAAGGUGAAGGUGAAUUUAUAAAGGAAAAGAGCAUGAAUGAAUUUUAUGUGAAAAGCAUGAUUCGCAAAGCUCAAGCUUUAGAGCAGCUUGAAAAGUAUGAACUAGCACUUGAGUCAUGGACAGAACUGCUAUCCAGCAGUAAAGUUAACAAACUGUUUCUGGAAGGAAAAAGUCGCUGUGAACGAGCACUUGGUGGGAAACCUUCACUAGCAAAUCCAGUGUCUACUUUUUCGAGGCCUAUGGUACGAAGAUCACCGGAGCCACCAAAGACAUUUGAGGAAUCAGAAAGAUUAUCCGAAUUUCGUAACAAGCAAAAACAAGCUGAAAAAGUUGAAGAAGAAAAAAACCAAUUACGAGAACCAGUCCAGCAUGUAAUCAAUAAAUGGAAAAGUGGAAAAGAAGGAAACAUCAGGGCCCUUUUGUCAUCUCUGGAUACAAUUUUGUGGCCGGAAUGCCGUUGGAAACCUGUGUCUUUAGCUGAUUUAGUGUUACCAAAGCGAGUCAAGGUUGCAUACAUGAAAGCGAUAUCCUGCGUGCACCCUGACAAGCUUCCUCAACAAUCAUCUGUUGAGCAGCGCUUAAUUGCGGAAUCUGCUUUUAGCAACCUUAAUGAAGCUUGGGAUUUAUUUAAACAACAAAACCAGCUUUAG